CUUGGAGGUGGCAGUGGUUACAGCCUGUCUCAUGUGUCAGUGUACAGCGGAGCACUGAGGCAGCUGCUCUCUGCAGGUUUGAUGCCACUUUCAGAGCCUGGUUGCUUGCGCUGAAAUGACCCUGCCUCUCCGCCGUGCAGGAAUGGCAACCACUGGGAACCUUUCUGAAGAGCAGGUGCACUGCUCCAUCUGCCUUGACGUCUUCACAAACCCCGUAUCCAUCCCCUGCGGACACAACUUCUGCCAGAGCUGCAUCCUGGGAUACUGGAAAACCAGCCCUUUGUACCAGUGUCCUAUGUGUAAGAAGUCUUUCCACAAAAGGCCUGAUAUUAGCAUUAACACUGUCUUGAGGGAAAUUGCAGAGCAGUUCAAGGAGAUCAGGGUGAGGAGUGUGGAAGGGAAGGUGAGCGAGGAGGAGGAAGAAGGGACGGAAAAGAAGUGGACAAUGGAAAGAAGUAAAAGGGAGGAUGAGGAGAGGCUUUUGGAGAAAGAUCAGAAGCAGCAGCUAAUGGAGGAGCUGAAACAGAAGCAAGAGGAGGACAGGAGAAAGAAAGAGAAAAAAGGAGAGAAAAAGCCACAUGAGGAGUUACCACCGCUGAUCCCGCCUGUGUUUGCACCCAAAACCUCUACUCCGCCGUUACCAGAAGCCACAGCUCAGGCGCCACCACCGCCGCCACAACCCCAAACAUCACCCCCACCUUCACCUCUAAUAUCUACUUCUCCUUCUCCUUCUCCUCAAACCUCACCUUCACGUCCCUCCUCUUCACUCCCACCUCCUUCUUGGGAGGAGGUCCUCUGUGAUGUUUGCCUUGGGGAAGGGAGGCCAAAGGCAGUAAAAUCCUGCCUCGUGUGUCUGACUUCCUACUGCGAGGAGCAUCUGAAAUCUCAUUCUGCCAGGUUCACCAAGCACAAGCUGAUAGAGCCGGUUGCCAACAUGGAGGACAGGAUGUGUCCGAAGCACCAACGGCUCUUGGAGCUGUUCUGUAAGAAGGAUCAGACCUGUGUAUGCGUGCUCUGUACUGAGACAGACCACAGGGCGCACUACACCGUCCCAGUGGAGAGGGAAUGGAUAGACAAAAAGGCGCAGCUGAAGAGGACAGAAAUAGACGUCCAGGAGAUGAUCCAGGAGAGAGUAAAGAAGGUGGAGGAGAUCAAACACUCAAUGGAACUAAACAAAGCCAGCACUCAGAGAGAGAUUGAGGAAAGCGUGCAGGUCUUCUCAGAGCUGGUGCGCUGCAUUCAGAAGACUCAGGCUGAGCUGGUUUUGUCCAUUGAGCAGAAACAGAGGCAGACGGCGAGGCGGGCUGAAGGUUUCAUCACUGAACUGGAGCAGGAAAUCGCUGAGCUGAAAAGGAGGAACACAGACUUGGAGAACAUGGCUCGGACUGACCACAUUCACUUCUUAAAGAACUUCCCAGCCCUUAGCACUCCUCCGUCUGUCAAAGACUGGUCUGAGACCAGUGUUCCCACUGACACAUGUGUAGGCAUGAUCAGAAGAUCCAUGUCCAAACUGGAGGCCACGCUAAAUGAAAUGAUCAGCAAGCUGGCUGAAAGUGAGAUCAAGAAGAUUCUGAAAUAUGCAGUGGACGUCACUCUGGACCCUGACUCAGCCAACCCUUGGUUGCAGCUUUCUCAGGACAGACAUCAGGUGAGACACCUGGGUGCAUGGCAGGACCUGCCAGACAACCCCGAUCGCUUCGACACAGUGGUCAUUGUCCUGGGCCGUGAGGGCUUCACCUCAGGGAGACAUUACUGGGAAGUUCAAGUGGGGGACAAGGACGACUGGUACCUGGGUGUGGCCAGGUCUUCGGUUAAAAGGAAGGGCAGGAUCGCUGUAAGCACUACCCAGGGCUACUGGGCUCUGGCCAUGAAGAAAGGCCAGGGCUACCGAGUGUCAACAGCCCCGCCAUUACUUCUCCCCCUCGACCCCAAGCCCAAGCGAGUGGGCGUGUAUGUGGACUAUGAGGAGGGGCAAGUGUCCUUUUAUGACGUGAGGGCUUGGACCCAUAUUUACACUUUCAAAGAUACGUUCAUGGAGAAGAUCUUUCCCUUUUUCUACCUCUACUGCUGCGACAAGUCCUCUGAUACCAUCGUCAUUUGCCCAGUGAACGAGAAAAGCCUAAUCAAACAAAGCUAAUGACAGGUUUACCAGUAUGAACAGCACCUAUUGAAAGUGAAAACUGACUGUAUUUUGUUGUAGCAGUACUGGUUUUGAUGAAAUCUUUUAUUCUAUGUGUUUUGAAUGUUUAUUUAAUGUAUAGUGUAGCACAACAAAUAUAUUAAUACAUACACAAUACAAAAUUUGCACAAAGACUAAAGGGAUAGUUUGACAUUAUGGGAAAUACGCUUAUUUACUUUCUUGCCAAAGGUUCGAUAAGAAAAUUGAUACCACUCUCAUGUUCGUACACUGAAUAUGAAGCUAGAGCCAACAGCUUAUUAGCUUAGCUUAGCAUAAAGACAGUGGGAAACAGCCAGCCUGGAUCUGUCUAAAAAGCAGCUAAAUCCAGCAGCACCUAGCAGCACCUUUAAAACUCACUUAUUAACACAUUAUUUCUUGUUUUGAAUACAGUAGUUAUUUAGUACAAAAACUGAAGGGAGGUUAUGUUCAAGAAUAUUUCUUUUUUUGCAUGGAUUAAACAAACAUAAUAUAUCUUGUUAAUUAGUGAACUUUGUAGGGGCUGGUACAAGGAUUGACCACGGAGCCAGGCUAUCCGUUUCCCCCUGUUUUCAGUGUUUAUGCUAAGCUAAGCUAGCUGUCACACACACACACACACACACACACACACACACACACACACACAAAUACAAAUAUAGACAUGACAGUGGUAUUGAUCUUCCCAUGUAACAGCAAGAAUGUUCUUAAAUGAUUUCUGAUUUCAUAAUUGCAUGCUGAUUGUGUGUGAUUGAUCCUUCAACGGUUGUAUGCUAAAGAGAAGUGUUUAUGAUUUUUAACAAUAAAUGUUCUCUCAAAAUCA